GUCUGUACCACUGUGGACCGUGGAUAACAUUAUAUACGAGCAAUCAUCGGUUGUGUAAAGCUGCGUGGAGGACGCUUCCGGUAACGACGACGACAGCGAAGACUCAUAUCGGCUGCAGCAGCUCCGGUUACAGCCGGAUAUGUCCACUCCGGCGGUCACCACUCCAGCGGAAGCCGCAACGGCGGCAGACACCAUGCAGGCCACCACGACAGUAACCACGGCUUUGGUCGAACCGGCGAAUCAUCGUCGAUCGCCACCAAAAAUAGUCACCGGAAACGCGAGGCACGUGAGCAUGCCGCAAAUAGAUUCUCGGCCUCGUCAUUUGCAGGAGAGUACGAUGACUGCCGCCGCGAAGUCCGCCAAAGAGCAGACAGCACUCAAGCAGCGUCAACAGCACGGCAGGUCGAACAGCGCGACCGUGUUGACAGCACCUGAGAGGGGUGUACACCGCGUCUUUGGCGGAGGCGGUGGUAGUAGUGCCGGUGGAGGUGGUGGUGGAAGUAGUGUCGGAGCAGGGUUCAAGAGCAAGUUGCGCAACUCAUUCCGGUCGACCGCCAAGAGGAUUCGACAACAGCAAUCAGCCAUCGACGCGCUGGCCAAGAACAGCCAAAUGCUCGGGCUGCACAACCUUCAAGACAGUUCCAGGACGAUGCAGGUGCAACGGACAAUCGGUCGCGAAAUCCCCAGUCAGACGUCCAAACAUCGACAGCAGAAUCAACCGGGCGUGGUGUUGUAUUCGUCUUCGGGAAGCGACCACAGUCUUGGAAGAGAGAGGUCGCCGACCAUUAACAGCUACCCAAAAGGAUCUCCUUCGCUAUGGACAG